ACCAGUCACAGAAUUUCCUGCUGAACCUGAGUGUCUCCUCCAAGCCACCUCAGUCCCUCAAAAUUUUUCCUUUUGGGACUUCCCAGAAAUGGACUCUUACAAGAAAGUAUAAAAAGAACAGCUGCUCUGGGCAAAGCAACUCCCCUGGCUACCACAGGAGGCUAAGGCGAGUGGCAGUCCCUCCCAUUGGAGCUCCAGCAAGACUCCCAGCAUAGCCCUGGUCUCAUUUCAGUGAUGAGGGUCCUUCUUCUUCUCCCAGCGCUCCUGGCUUCCCUGCUGUGGCUCCAGGCUACAGUACCCCUCACAAAAGCACAGACCACCCAAACUUCAAUCAUCGCUGAUACUGUGAAUCAGGUCAAGGUCCAGGUCAACAAAGCCUUCCUGGAUUCCCGAACUAGGCUGAAGACUGCCAUGACCUCGGGGAUGCCUCCCACCACGAGACAGCUCUCCGAGUACCUCAAGCAUGCCAAAGGCCGCACGCGGACAGCCAUCCGCAUAGGGCAGGUGUGGGAAGAGUCCUUAAAGAAGCUGAGGCUGCAGACCCCCUUGACCAAUGUCACAGGCUCCAGCCUGGACUUGACUUCGCUGUCUGCCGAAGUGGGCUGCCAGGCGGCCCCUGCCCCUGUGGUGAGCUGUGACAUGAACAGCCCUUACCGCACCAUCACGGGAGACUGUAACAACAGGAGGAACCCGGCGUUGGGCGCCGCCAACAGGGCGCUGGCUCGCUGGCUGCCGGCUGAGUACGAGGACGGGCUCUCCCUCCCUUUCGGGUGGACACCGGGGAAGACACGGAACGGCUUCCCGGUCCCGCUGGCCCGUGAUGUAUCCAACAAGAUCAUCAGCUAUCUGAACGAGGAAGAUGUUCUAGACCAAAACAGGUCCAUGCUCUUCAUGCAGUGGGGUCAAAUUGUGGACCACGACCUGGACUUUGCCCCUGAAACUGAAAUGGGGAGUAGCAGUUUCUCCAAAGCCCAGUGCGAUGAGCACUGUAUCCAAGGAGACAACUGCUACCCCAUCAUGUUCCCACCCAGUGACCCCAAGGUGAAGACUCAAGGGAAGUGCAUGCCUUUCUUCCGAACCGGGUUUGUCUGCCCCACUCCACCCUACCAGUCUCUGGCCCGAGAACAAGUCAACGCUCUAACCUCCUUCCUGGAUGCCAGCUUGGUGUAUGGCCCUGAGCCAAGCCUGGCCAGCCGCCUGCGCAACCUCAGCAGCCCCUUGGGUCUCAUGGCUGUCAACCAGGAGGUCUCAGAUGAUGGGCUGCCUUACCUGCCCUUCGUCACCCAGCAGCCUAGCCCCUGUGAGGUCAUCAACACCACAGCUGGUGUGCCCUGCUUCCUGGCUGGAGAUUCCCGAGCCUCUGAGCAAAUUCUGUUGGCCAUGUCCCACACCCUCUUUCUCCGCGAGCACAACCGGCUGGCCCAAGAACUGAAGGCACUCAACCCUCGGUGGGAUGGAGAGAAGCUCUACCAAGAAGCCCGGAAAAUCCUGGGCGCCUUCAUGCAGAUCAUCACCUUCCGGGACUACCUACCCAUCGUGCUAGGUGAUGAGAUGCAGAAGUGGAUCCCCCCAUACCAAGGCUACAACGAGUCUGUAGAUCCCCGAAUUUCCAAUGUCUUUACCUUUGCUUUCCGCUUUGGCCAUUUGGAGGUCCCUUCUACUAUAUUUCGCCUGGAUGAGAAUUAUAAGCCAUGGGGGCCAGAACCAGAGCUGCCACUGCAUACCCUCUUCUUCAACACUUGGAGGAUGGUCAAGGAAGGUGGAAUCGAUCCUCUGUUGCGGGGCCUGUUGGCCAAGAAGGCCAAGUUCAUGGAUCAGAAUAAAAUGAUGACAGGAGAGCUGCGCAACAAGCUCUUCCAGCCGACUCACACCAUCCAUGGCUUUGACCUGGCUGCCCUUAACAUACAGCGGUGCCGGGACCACGGGCAGCCUGGGUACAACUCCUGGAGACACUUUUGUGGCCUCUCGCAGCCACAAACCCUGGAAGAACUGAGUGCUGUGCUGAAGAAUGAGAUGCUGGCCAAGAAGUUAUUGGAUCUCUAUGGGACACCUGACAACAUUGACAUCUGGGUGGGAGCCAUUGCUGAGCCCUUGGUGGAAAGGGGCAGGGUGGGGCCUCUCCUGGCCUGCCUCCUGGGCCACCAGUUCCAGCGGAUCCGUGAUGGAGACAGAUUCUGGUGGGAAAAUACGGGAAUCUUCACGGAGAAGCAGCAGAACUCCCUGUGGAAAAUGUCCUUCUCACGCCUUGUCUGUGACAACACCCGCAUCACCAAGGUCCCGCUGAACCCAUUCCAGGCCAACAGCUAUCCAGAAGGCUUUGUGGACUGCUCUGAUGUUGAGGAGCUGGACCUCUUGCCUUGGGCCUCAGUGGAGGAGUAGAGUCCUGGACUCAAGGACUCCCACACUGCAGUGCACAACUUCCUGUGGUCCGCAAUGGCAUUUCAUGCACGUUCAGUGACGUGCUUUGAACUGUGCAUGCUAGGCCCAGCCUUUCUCUCAGCCUUUCAUGCACACACCAGAUGAAUGGCUUGCUCAAAUCCUAGGGCAACUAGUUAACUCGCCUUUUCAGUUACUCUGCCUGGCUUCCAUCAUCCCUGUCCCCCAUCUUUCCAGGCCCAUAGAAAUCCUCCCUUCAUUUGAAGACUUAGACCUUCCAACGUGCCCCGCCAGGCCUGUUUGGCCAAUGUUUUCCAACCGCUCCCCUAAAUAAGACUAGCUGAGGUGCUGGCCUUUGAACUUUUUCUUUCCUCCUGUCCUCCCAGGUUAGAGUGUCAGCUUUUGAGUAUGGCCAUGGCACUCAGCACAGUGCUGUACAUCAAGCACCCAGUAAACAUCAAUGAUUGGCUAA